GAUUCUCACGAAAUUGAAGAGGUGAAUAUGCCUGAAAUUUUAGCCUCAGGAAAUGGUCAAAAGAUUGGCAUUAAAUUUUAUUGGCAUCUAUCUUGUCAAUGUGGACAUAAAUUUUCUUCCUCCUUAUGUAAUGCUGACUUAAAAGUAAAAGAGAAACAGAUAGACUUAGUGAAACAAUAUCAUUUGGAUUGUGUAAAAUGUGGUAAAGUUGCUCGAUUUGAUAAGAAAAAAUUAUUGAAUGAAUUUCUUAAAGAAAGAGUUCAACAAAUAUUGAUUUAUAGUUUUUAUAGAGGAAAAUUUACUCAAUUUACCGGUGAACAUAGUGAAAAAAAAUUGAAGGGUCAUAGACAAGAUCUUUGUGAAAAAUGUAAAUCGUUAAAUAGAUAUUGUG